AUGGAAGCAGAGUCUAGCAAGACGGCUUCGACACGGUCUCGAAAGAAACGCAAGUCAGAAGGGAACGAUGAUCCAUCCGACCCUAUUUGCCCCUCGACAUUCUUUUUGAGGUUUGCCUUUCCUAUCUUUGUAUUUUACUGCCAGACGUCGAGUGUUCGCAACGUUGAGUGGAGGUUCAGAGUCCGCAUUUGUACCAAGUGUGCCAAGGAGCGUGUACGGGAAGCAGAUAUUUUUUCUUACGAAUUUCGAGCAGAAGGUGGCGUAGCUUUCGACACAUUGAUCCCAACCCGUUCCGGCAGGCGACAUGAAAUAUAUUACUUGUCGGAACAAUAUGAUGCGGUGAAGGCGCAGUACUUCUUAAUUGAAGACAAGGCUGCUCGACAGGAAUUUGUCAAAGAGAGGAAGAAGAUAGUUGCAGGCAUCAUCAAGCACGCAAAAAUUUUUUGGAAAAAUAUUGAGGGUCCUCUAGUCGAAUUCAUGAUGGAGAUGCGAGUUAAACGGCUCGAGCGGGAGCACGCAGCCCUCAUUCUUGAGCGCAAGAAAUACGCAAUUGAAGUCCUUCGAAUUUUCAAAAAUCAGCAUCUACCUUGCACCGAAAUCAUGCCUCAAGGACCCGAUUUUUGCGAUUUCAAGGCGGUGCGAGACAUUCUUACGCAACCAUCUAAUGUCGAAGUCAACAUAUCAAGCUUUGACGACAUCAUUCCCAAGAUACCCACCAUGUUUAAAGCUUGGCAAGAAGGCGUGCACCUGUCCAUGCUCGAUGCAGUUCAGCGCAGUUUCAAACCCAAAAUCUCUUCAGGGCUCGAUUUUGGCUUCAUGUUGGAUUCAAGCGACUACGGCGAUGAUUCGGAGGAUUCAGACGAAGAAGAUAGGCAGGAUAUGUUCCGUUCACUGCCGGAAGAUGAAUGCCGCAUCAAGAUGAAACUCGCCGCCACAGUGUACAGUUGCAAAACCUGUACCCAUCGUGCCGAAUACGGAUACGACUUCGAGUCGGAUGAUACUGAUACCCCAUUCUAUUCCUUCUCCCGUUCACAAUAUGGCUUUGAUAGGCCUCUAUUCUAUCCACAAGUUAUGGGCCAUGCCUGCCUCAGCAGAAGAAUGUGUGCGUACGACUUUUGGGAAGGCAGAAAGAAGGCAGAUCCGUCAACAGAGCUCGCUGAUUCUGAUUCUGCUCGAAAGAAGUGGGGAUGUUCGAAGAUUUUUGUUGACAAACGCGCCAGCGAGGUUGCUGCUCAGAUCGUAGAGCUAGCCGGCUUGGACCCCACCACCGCGACAUCGGAUGAUAUGGAUAAGCUUGGGCUCCGGUUUAUCUGCCCCAAGUGUAGAACUACCAAACCCAAGAACCCACAGGCUGUUGGCAUUGAAGAUGACGAGGAAGGAAUGCCGAUAUUUGACUGGAGAGGGGCGGUCCAACAUGAGCUCACGGACCGGUAUGUCGGGGUGUCGAUUUUUUCGAAGAGAAAACCCAUCGUGUUGAAAAUCGAGCCGAGCCAAUUACCCGAGGUAAACGUGAAAUGUGAGCUCUUCAGCGAGGCGGCCCUCGACCGUUGGGUAUGCGCUCACUGCCGGGAUCUUCCUGACGAGGAAAACCCAACAAGUCUCCAAGAUAUCAAAAGUCACGUCACUAAAAGGCAUGAUCAGAAGUUGCCUUCCCUCAAUGAAGACUACUUUCAGGAUUUCGCUGCGCUCGACAUACAUCCAAAAAGGGGUGCGCUUCGCUUCCACGCACGCGUCAGUGAUCUUGAAGACUUGGCAAAGUUACCAAUGGUAUUGAAGCCAAAGAGCUAUAGUGCCCAUCGUCACUGAGGGUACAGCGAAAUACUUAAAAUACACCGUAAAUACAAUAGCGACCAAUAAUAAAUCAAGUCCUGCAUCAUCCAGCU